AUGGCGUCCUACGAUAAAGGUGCCAUUGCUGUCACUCAACCAAGACGAGUUGCUGCUGUGAAUUUGGCGAAACGUGUGGCAGAAGAAACUUUGACUACACUUGGAGGAAAAAUUGGUUAUACUGUGCGUUUCGAUGAUACUUCAAGUGAUGCUACAUUGAUUAAAUAUUUGACUGAUGGUAUGUUACUCAGGGAAGUUUUAUCUGAUGAAUUAUUAUUACGAUACAAAGUGAUUGUUUUGGAUGAAGCACAUGAACGAACCCUACGAACGGAUAUGUUAUUUGGUAUGGUAAAGAAAAUUCAAAGAAUCCGAAAGGAAAAACGUGCCAACGGUGAAGAUGUGGAAGAACUCAAAAUUGUCGUCAUGAGUGCUACAUUAGAUGCUGAAAAGUUUAGUGAAUUCUUUGAUGGUGCAAAGAUCCUCUAUGUCUCUGGUCGAUUAUUUCCUGUUGAUACUUACUUUACUCAAGAACCUCAAGCAGACUACUUGGAUGCAUCUUUGGUCACUAUCUUCCAAAUCCAUGUCAAGAAUCCUAAGGGUGAUAUAUUAAUGUUUUUACCUGGACAAGACGCAAUUGAAACACUCACAUCACUCAUCAAUGAAUAUGCAUCUCAAUUAAAACCUUCUCAGCAAAAAUUAUUAGCCUGUCCUUUAUUUGCUGCUUUACCUCCAUCACAACAACAAAAAGUUUUUGAUCCCGCGCCUCCAAAAACUCGUAAGGUGAUUCUAGCAACCAACAUUGCCGAAACAAGUAUUACUAUUCCUGGAAUCAAAUAUGUCAUUGACUGUGGUUUGGCCAAGUUACGUGGUUUCAAUCCAAAAAUUGGUGUUGAAUCCUUAUUGCUCCAUCCUAUAUCCAAAAGCUCUGCUUGGCAGCGAACCGGUCGUGCUGGAAGAGAGGCUGCUGGUGUAUGUUAUAGACUAUAUACUGAAGAUGCAUUUAGGGAAUUAGAUGAUGACACAGUACCUGAAAUACGUCGAUGUAACCUAGCUGCUGCUGUAUUAUCUUUGAAAGCUUCUGGUAUUGACAAUGUCUUGGAAUUUGAUUAUAUGGAUCGACCCUCUAGAGCUUCAUUAAUUCGCGCUCUUGAAGAACUUUAUGCACUUGGUGCCAUUGAUGACAAAGGACAUUUAUCAACAUUAGGAAAGAAAAUGUCUGAAUUUCCACUGGAUCCCACUUUUUCCAAAGUGAUUAUUCAAUCUAGUGAUUAUGGAUGCUCUAUGGAAGUAAUAGCCAUUGUAUCGUUACUAUCUGUAGAUUCCAUCUUCUUUACACCUUCGGACAAACGUGAAGAAGCGAAUGAAUCAAGGCGGAAAUUCUUACAUCCUGAUGGUGAUCAUCUGACGUUACUGAACGUGCUCAAAGCUUAUUGGGAAGUGAAAGGUGACAUUGGGUGGUGCAAGGAUCAUUUUAUCAACAUUCGAAACGUCAAGAUAGCCUUGGAUGUUAGGGAUCAGCUUAUUCGAUUUUGUGAACGUAUUGGCAUCAAUCCUUCUACAACUUGUGGUACUGAUACAGAUCAAGUAUUGAAAUGCUUUUUGACUGGAUUUUUUCAAAACUCGGCUUUGUUACAACCUGAUGGAUCUUAUAAAAGCGUUGCUGGUAGUCAAACUGUUAAAAUACAUCCUGGAUCGGCCAUGUUUGGAAAACGUGUGGAAGGCAUCAUGUACAAUGAACUGGUAUUUACUACCAAACAUUAUGUUCGAAGUGUAUCUACCAUUCAAAGUGCCUGGUUACCUUUGGCAGCUCCCAAGUAUUUCAAUAAUAUGAACAAUUAG